AUGCCUAACAUACCAGGAGAUGUUCCCCCUCUAGAAUUGUCGAAUAUUCAGAGCAGGAGCGAGCAAUUUCCCGAUCUUGUACAGUUCUUCCAAGCACAGGAUGCCUUGUCGACCACAUCCUCGCAAUCUACUGGCGCUCGCGAUAUCUUUAAAGCGGGCCAACGACGCCUGCGGCAGCUGGCUCAGCGUCCCAAAAAGGGAACAGACGCUCAAACCAAAGCUGACGACGCGUCUCGCCAGCUACUAGCGCUUCAGCAGGAGGGUUUUCUACCUGCCUCUCUACCUCCCCGCAAACCCAAGAAAUCUGCUCCUAAGCAAAGUAUUGACUCCACAGUAUCCUCUACCCGAUCUGCUUCCAAUCUCAGCUUCCAAUCGAGCUCCAGAAGAGACGUGGAAAGCAUUGGACAGCCAUGGCUGGAGGGUUCGCUUGACAGUUUUGAUGCAUGUGAAAUGAAAGGAGGUCGUUUCUCUUCGCUUGAUCUACGAGAUAUCACGUCCCUGCUUGGCGCUUCAUUACCUCGUCCUCCUCAAUUUGAGGACGUGACCCCUCCGCCAUAUCAGGCUUCAACCCAAUCGAGUGAGCCUGGUUUACAAGAAAACUCUUCCUAUCCCUCAACGCGCCAUAGUUCAAAUUCUAGGACUAGCGAGCCGCUGGAUGAGAUAGAAGCCUUACCAAAGGUUCCAGAUAUACCGGAUCGAACGAGCAGUCAUCACCCCAAGACGGCGACAAGUACUGUAGAUAGCAAGCAACAGUCGAGUCGUGAGCAGCCAGCGGACGCCAAGCCAGCAGGGCCCAAAGAUGCCUCCGAAGCAGCGGACAGCAAAUCAUCGUCAUCUAGUACACCAAACACCCUACAGAAUCAUUCGAACCCGGUAGCACAUUCCCUGAAGCUUUUCCCUGACACUGUGCCUACACGUAUGCCGAAUAAAGGAGCCUGGCGCAUAUCGAACGGUUGCCCAUCGCCUUCCGUUAGAUCAUUACCAGCCACAUCAACGCAGCAGGACUCUUCGCCUGUUAGCGCUCAACCGAGUGAUGGGAACACUAAGCCUUCAUCUAGCACCCAAAAUUGUGACGCUGGCCCUGAAAACACGAGAUGUGUGGGUCAAACGCCUUCAGCACAGCCGACCGAUACAAGCAGAACCAGUGUGACAAGCCAAGGACAUGAAAAAAUGCUGGUGGCGAGAAAUGGGCGUCGUCCGGCAUCCUUGCCCAUAGGCGCAAUUGAUGCCUUCCCUCUACCAGCCCCUAUGAGACCUCUGCCUGCGUUGCCGGAAGCAGUUUCAGGGAUUCGUCCCAUUUACGGACAAGACGCUACUGCUGGCAGAGGAGGUCUUCGUGUCAACCAACAACAACAUGAUCCUCAGUUACCACCACGUUCUACAGAAGAAAGACCCAUGGGCAGUGCGACGAGGAGAGAUAAUCAUGGGCCAAUGACUAGUCGGGCUGCACCAAGUGCUAGCCACCCUAAUAGAGCAACGGACCGAGGAAACAAAGCUUCUAGGGCAGGCGCAUCGAAUUCCAAGCCUGUCACGUUGGUGAGAGCCGGUCCAAGCCGAGCCGAUAGGGUUCGUGCGCUGAAGAAGAAAGAUAUGUCAGCGAGUCGAACUUAUUUGCAAGACUCGGACAAUCGCCCUCUGGAAGAAGGUCGACGGUCUCGUUCAAGGCUUUCUCAUGCGGUCUCCUCCGAAGAUUAUGAUACGACAACUGCUCCACGCUGCAUCGAUGAAGGAGUUGGGAGUCAAUAUGAAAGGGAAUCUGCAGAUACCCAAUUGUCUAGUAUUUCCUCUCAUGUUUCGAGUUUUCCUGGGCAAUCCACGGAAUCCCAUGCUAUUAGCACACAGGAUGGCAGCCCACAUGGCUACGUUAAAGCUACCUCGUCGGACAUCCAGGAACCUUCAUCAUCACCUGCAUCAAAAAGAAAUUCUCAGAUCCGUCCAAGCGGUGGUACACGAAGCACAAGCGUCCUCAGCGAAAGGGUAUCUAAUGAUCUGGAUCUUCACGAGCGUUCUGAGACCCCUCUCCCAUCUUCGGAAGAUGAAGGUAUCGAUGUUGGCAUGCGCAAGCAACAGACACACCACAUUUCCAGUAGGCGACGGCGACCGAAGUUGGCACCUAUUAAUGUUGAUGAGUCUGCCACACGCAAAACGCGUCAUAUGGAAAAGCCAUCGCCAUAUGACUAUUCCAGGCCCGUAACCCCCCGAAACCGCAGAAGCCGUGGCCUGGACAAAGCUUCCCCACAAUCACCACAUUACCAUCACGAAACGCGAGGCGGUCGUCAUCGGCCUUCUUAUGUUCGGGAGCUGGAAAAGCGCAUUGCGCACCUCGAGCACCAAAACAGAGCCCUUCAAGCUGCUCUUCUUGGGGCUCUAGGUGUGGGAGGUAAACAGAACGCAGAAGGUCUUCUCGGUGGAUCAUCCACCUCACUCUCCACUCCCCACACUAGUAGAUCUUUCUCAUCUAUGACGAACUCUUCAUCCAGCCCGGAUUCCCAUGUCAUGCGGAAUGAGCGGCGUACGCAGAGACGCCAGCCUCCAUGCCAUCCGGAGACCUGGAUUGCUAGCCCAGGCUCCAGCCGACGCAGUAGCUACAGUUCGGAAGCAAGUGCUGAUAUCCGGGAGAUGGAAAAUAUGAUUGAGGACUUCGAUUUCGGCUGGGAGUCAGAUCAACCGAGCUCCGAAAGAACACCACAGCUCCGAAUGAGAGCUUGA